GAGCCCUAUGCGCAGGACCCUACCCGCCUGUCCUCCUCAGACCCGCCAGGCCACGGGCAGGCCCUGACCUCGAGACGGAGCAUCUGAGUAGGAGGCCUCUGGAGCAGCCGGGCCCCCCAGGCGGAUGGGGAAGGUUGCUGGGCGUGAGGGAGGCAGGCCCGCUCCCCAGGCUGCCAUGCGCUCUGGGACAGGACGCCCCUGAGCGUGUCCUUUAGUCCCUGGGAGCCGUGGCCGGCUCCACCCCUUCUCCGCAGGCUCCCCUUCAAGGCGUCCCCAUGGCUGGGGGCGUGCUGUGGGUGUGCGUGGCCGCCUGGGCCCUGCUGCACGCGGGCGGGCUGGCACGCGGGGACUGCUGGCUGAUCGAGGGGGACAAGGGCUUCGUGUGGCUGGCCAUCUGCAGCCAGAACCAGCCCCCCUACGAGGCCAUCCCGCAGCAGAUCAACAGCACCAUCGUGGACCUGCGGCUGAAUGAGAACCGCAUCCGCAGCGUGCAGCACGCCGCACUCAGCCGCUUCGGCAACCUCACGUACCUCAACCUCACCAAGAACGAGAUAGGCUACAUUGAGGAUGGCGCCUUCUCCGGCCAGUUCAACCUGCAGGUGCUGCAGCUGGGCUACAACCGGCUUCGCAACCUGAGCGAGGGCGUGCUGCGCGGGCUGGGCAAGCUGGAGUACCUGUACCUGCAGGCGAACCUCAUCGAGGUGGUCACGCCCAGCGCCUUCUGGGAGUGCCCCAACAUCCUCAACAUCGACCUGUCCAUGAACCGCAUCCAGCGCCUGCACAGCGCCACCUUCGCCGGCCUGGCCAAGCUCUCGGUGUGUGAGCUCUACAGCAACCCCUUCUACUGCUCCUGCGAGCUGCUCGGCUUCCUGCGCUGGCUGGUGGCCUUCACCAAUGCCACGCACACCUAUGACAGGGUGCAGUGCGAGUCCCCUCCCCUCUACUCCGGCUACUUCCUGCUGGGCCAAGGCCGCCACGGCCACCGCAGCAUCCUCAGCAAGCUGCAGUCGGUGUGCACUGACGGCACCUACGUGGCCGAGGUGGCCAGCGGCCCUCGGCCGGGGCCCCGGCGCUCCCAGCCGCCUCCACCGCCCCCGCCGCCGCCCCCAGAGCCCAGCGACGUGGCCUGCUCCGACGAGGACUGCUUCUCGGGGGAUGGCACCACGCCGCUGGUGGCCCUGCCCACGCUGGCCACGCAGGCGGAGGCCCGGCCGCUCAUCAAGGUCAAGCAUCUGACCCAGAACUCGGCCACCAUCAUGGUGCAGCUGCCCAGCCCCUUCACCCGCAUGUACACGCUGGAGCAGUUUGACCGCAGCCGCCCGUCCACUGUCUCCCGGCUGACCAGGGCCCAGGAGGAGAUCCGCCUGACCAACCUCGUGGCGCUGACCAACUACACCUACUGCGUGGUGUCCACCAGCUCUGGCCUGCGCCACAACCACACUUGCCUCACCAUCACCCUGCCCAGGCCGCCCAGCCCGCCGGGCCCGGUGCCCAGCCCCUCCACGGCCACCCACUACAUCAUGACCAUCCUGGGCUGCCUCUUCGGCAUGCUGCUGGUGCUGGGCGCCGUGUACUACUGCCUGCGCCGGCGGCGCCGCCAGGCCGAGAAGCACAAGAAGGCAGCGAUGGCGGCGGCGGUGGCGGGGGGCAGCCUGAAGAAAACCACCAUCGAGCUCCAGUAUGGCGCCGAGAUGGGCACGUCCGCCCUGCCGCCGCCGCCCCCGGGUCCGCUGCUGGGCCCUGAGCCCGGGACCCGCAUUCCCUACCUGCCCGUGGCGGCCGUGGCCGGCGACUUGGAUCAGUACAAGCUGGCGGAGAGCGAGGCGGCCAAGGUGGCCAAGGGCAACUACAUGGAGGUGCGCACCGCCGAGCAGGCUGAGCGGCCGGCGCCCGACAGCCAGGGCUCGGCGGCCGAGAUCUCCACCAUCGCCAAGGAGGUGGACAGGGUCAACCAGAUCAUCAACAACUGCAUCGACGCCCUCAAAUCCGAGUCCACCUCCUUCCAGGCGGUCAGGCCGGGGGCCGCGCCCGCCGCCGAGCCGCAGCUGGUGCUGCUGUCCGAGCCACCGGCCGCCCUGCAUCCCGCAGCCUUGAAGGCCGAGGGCGCCAAGCCCUUGUUUGGGUCUCGCCUCACGGAGCUGCAGCGAAGGCCCGCCUUGCCUCGGAUGGUGACCACGGGUGGUGACCAUGGUAGUGACCACGGGUGUCUGUCCCACAGCCUCACUUUCAUCCCGUCACCAAGUCACCAACACGCGGGACACCCACUCUCCCGCCCGCACUGCCGGAUCUUCAAUAUCUGA